AUGUCGGAAUUCGUUGCGGUGCAGGAAGUGAUCGACGAGGACCUCGCCUUCAUGGCGGCGCAAGAUGUCCUCUCUUCGCAGGCUCGCCCAAGUCAUGGCUCCCCGGUGAGCAAUAAGCAGCCAAAUGUCACUGUCACAUCUGCUCGCUACAUGGACUACCCCGAACGGGGUGAGCAGGAGCAAUGGCGGUCGACCCACGAGAGUCGAUCCUCGAAUCGUCUCUCAUUUUCUUUCUGGAGGCCCUCGCGGACUGUCUUCAAGACUCCCUCUGUCUUCUUUCUUUUGCCCGCCUUCCUCCUUCUCACCGUCGCCCACGGCGCACUCAUGGCUCCAAAGCUUAACCUGCUGCUCACUCUCAUCUGCCGCGCAGACUUCCCCGAGUAUAACAUCAACCCGCACGCAGACGUAGACCCUCAAUGCCAGACCCCUUACGUUCAUGCUCGCGUGUCAAACUUCAACCUGACCGUCAACCUGAUCCAGGGCAUCUUGGCCGCCGUCAUGAGCCCCAAGUUGGGCGCGCUGUCUGACCGAAUCGGAAGAUGCGCCGUCCUCGCUAUUUGCUCGCUCGGCCCUCUAGUGUCUGUCUUGGUCCUGAUCUUCAUGCUUGACUCUUCAUAUGAGUAUGUUUACCGCUGGUACUGGCUCGCGGCAAUCCUAGACGGCAUAACGGGCUCAGCAUCCGCUAUGAUGGCCGCAGCAUUUGCCUAUACCACUGACUCUACUCCUGCCGACAAACGAGCAUCGGCAUUUGGUCUUUGCCAUGCCUGUUUCAGUCUCGGUCUUGCACUCGGACCUGCCUUUGGCAGUUUCCUCAUAAAGUCCACAGACUCCAUCCUGGUUGUCUUUUACGCCGUCAUUCUGGCGCAAUUACUCUUCAUCGGCUACGCUUUGUUUGUCUUGCCUGAGUCGGUGUCAAUCGAACAUCGCUUAGAUGCACAGCAGGUUUUUAAUGAUGGUAGAGAGUUGAACAGUGACACGGGUUUAAUGCCCCGUAACCUUGCAGAACUGCUCGACCGCCUGAAUUUUCUCAAGCCACUACGAAUCCUGUGGCCUUCGUCGUCAGUAGCACCCCAGAUCCGCCGAAACAUAUCCUUUCUGGCAGGCAUUGACACUAUUCUGAUUGGUGCCGGUGCCGGCGCGAUGAUGAUCAAGCUUCUCUACGCCGAGCUCAUUUUCCACUGGUCCAGCGUCGAGGCUGGGUACUUCAUCUCCAUCAUGGGCGUCACGCGCGCGUUCGUGCUUGUUAUCGUCUUACCCCUCGUGUCGAGGUACACUGUUCGCAUGUUCAACCACGGCAGAGUGAGCCACGUCGGCGCCUCGCAGUCUGAUGUCUUUCUGAUCCGCUGCGGCGUCUUUGUCGAAGUCCUCGCCUACGCUCUCUAUCUCAUCUCGCGCUCGUCGACGCAGUUCAUGCUCAGCGGCUGCAUUGGCUCGGUAGGCACGAUAGCCUCACCUACGAUCCAGUCCACGCUGACAAAACACGUUCCAAAGCGGAAAACAGGCGAGCUGCUGGGCGCAAUGGCUCUCCUGCACUCGCUAUGCAGCAUCAUCGCGCCCACCAUCUUCGCGUUCGUCUACGUGAACACGGUCGGUUGGUUCCCGGCCGCGUUCUUGCUGAUGACUAUAGUGAUUUUUGGGUUUGCGUUUUUCUUGUCUUUGAUGCUGCGGAAGAAUACGCAUGACAAUUUGUAUGCCGGCGUGGCGGGCGAGGAGGAGGUGGAUGGUGCCGUCGAGCUUGAGGACGAUCAGCCUCUGCAUGCCCACUGA